AGCGUAUAGCGAGGAUGUGGACGGUCUGUCCCUUCCUGUUCUACAGCCACUGUCGCUCCGUGGGGCAGAAAGACGGCAGCUCCAAAGGCGAACAUGUCUGGAUCCACGCUGGGUUCGUCCCCCACGGGGGACUGCUGUCCUCGGAGCCGAGUGUUUUAUUAGCGUGUAGAGCUCGCUGCUAACCUAGCCAGCGAGGCCUGUUUAUUGCCAAGCUCUCACUAGCUGUCAAUGCGUGUCCUCUCGGUCUCAUGGCGGAAACCAAAAUCAUUUAUCACAUAGACGAGGAGGAGACUCCCUAUCUGGUCAAACUGGCCGUUUCUCCAGACAAAGUCACCUUAGCCGAUUUCAAGAAUGUCCUCAAUAAUCGUCCUGUCCACAGCUACAAAUUCUUCUUCAAAUCCAUGGACCAGGAUUUUGGGGUCGUCAAAGAAGAGAUUUCCGAUGACAACGCCAGGCUUCCUUGCUUUAACGGGAGAGUGGUGUCCUGGUUAGUGCUAGCAGAGAGCGCUCACUCUGAUGGAGGAUCUCAGUGCACAGAGAGCCACCCGGAGCUCCCACCUCCUCUUGAGAGAACAGGCGGGAUCGGUGACUCCCGGCCCCCGUCUUUCCAUGCCAACGCGGUGAGCAGUCGUGAUGGCCUCGACACCGAGACAGGCACAGAGUCUCUCCUCAGCCACCGCCGGGAACGUGAAAGAGAGCGCACUCGGAGGAGAGCUCGUGAAACUGAAAUCCCUAGAAUCAACGGUUACUCUAAAUCGGAGCGCACAGCAAGGGACUCGGCCAUGGGUUAUGACAGCACCUCGGUGAUGAGCAGCGAGCUGGAGUCCAGCUCGUUUGUUGACAGCGAGGAAGACGAAGACGCAAGCAGGCUCAGUAACUCUACCGAACACAGUACUUCCUCCCAGUUGAUGCGCAGGCACAAGCUACGCCGGCGGAGGCAUAAAGUGGCUAAAAUAGAUCGGUCUUCAUCCUUUAGCAGUAUCACAGACUCAACCAUGAGCCUCAACAUCAUCACUGUUACACUUAACAUGGAGAAGUACAACUUUCUUGGCAUCAGUAUUGUUGGUCAGAGUAACGACCGUGGUGACGGCGGAAUCUACAUUGGCUCCAUCAUGAAGGGAGGAGCUGUGGCUGCUGAUGGCAGAAUAGAACCUGGAGACAUGCUCCUCCAGGUGAAUGACGUGAACUUUGAAAACAUGAGCAACGACGAUGCUGUAAGAAUCCUGAGAGAAAUUGUUUCCAAAACGGGUCCUAUUAGUCUGACUGUUGCCAAAUGUUGGGACCCUUCUCCGAGAAGCUACUUUACCAUCCCUCGUGCUGAGCCCGUCAGACCCAUCGACCCUGCUGCCUGGAUUUCACACACCACUGCCCUAACAGGACCCUACCCUCACUAUGAGUUUGACGAUUUGCCUCUAUCAACAAGCAAAACCGAUAUGGCGACCAUUGUCAAGAUAAUGCAGUUGCCAGACUCUGGCCUGGAGAUUCGUGACAGAAUGUGGUUGAAGAUCACUAUUUCCAAUGCUGUUAUUGGCGCUGACGUGGUAGACUGGCUCUAUUCUCGAGUAGAGGGCUUCAAAGACCGACGGGAUGCCAGGAAGUAUGCGAGCAGUCUGCUGAAACAUGGCUACCUGAGACACACUGUCAACAAGAUCACCUUCUCUGAACAAUGCUACUACACCUUCGGGGACCUCUGCCAAAACAUGGCGUCACUCAAUUUAAAUGAGGGCUCCAAUGGAGGCGGCCCCGAGCAGGAGGCGUUGGCACCGCUUCCUCCCGCCACCAACCCCUGGCCAAUGGGUGGGCAGCCUUUCCCCUACCCUCCCUUCCCAUCUGCACCCCCCAGCUUCCCGCCUGGAUACUCGGACCCAUGCCACAGUUUCCACAGUGGGAGUGCAGGCAGCCAGCACAGUGAGGGGAGCCGCAGCAGUGGAUCCAACCCCAGUGCAAACAAAGGUAGGCGCUCAUCCCCGCAGGAGAAGUCGCACAAGGCAACAUGCGGGGAGUCCGAGCCAGGCGUCCGUGGAGGGAGGCGUGACGACCGGUGCGCCAGUCAAAUGAGCCAUCACAGUCGCGCCCGAUCCAGUUUGAGUCACGGCCACUCGCACAAGAACCAGCACUCCUUCACCCACAGCCACGCCCCCUUGUCCCCGCAAGGACCAGGCUCCUGCGCCCACAGUGAGCAAAGCCACGCCUCCUCCUACGGCCCUCCGGGGUUGCCGCCGCCGUAUUGUCUUGCCCGACUGGCCCCGAAGGCCUCGGUCAGCAGCAGCGGCACGCCACCAGGAGCUCCCCCGGGGAGGGAGUUAGCCGCCAUUCCCCCUGAGCUCACGGGCAGCCGCCAGUCCUUCCAGCACGCCAUGGGCAAUCCCUGCGAGUUUUUUGUGGACAUCAUGUGACAGGACAGUGCCUUCUAAAACACUACAACUUCAUUUGUUAUUUAACAACUCCACUACUACUGCGUCGCAAAGGAUUAUGGGAAGGAAGAGCACAAUCGUGUGGCUGGAUGCAUGUUCAGUGUACAGUUUAAGUGAUUCCGGAAAGAUCACUCCAUCUUGGAUGUGUGUUCCUCUGCAAGACCUGGGCCUGGAUCUCAAUCCCCAGACCGUCACCCUCAUGUCGCACUUAUUGUUUUUUUAGGUUUUCUAUUUUUUGGGAGCUGAUGGGGAAAAAACGACACGCCGUCCCCAACUUGUGACUGUAGCAUAGCCACUGAGUUUUAGAAGCUGUCACCUGCCAACAAGCUACCUCCGACAGGCUAGCGAUCGGCACGUAUCUUCUUCUUCUUCCCAAGGGGGGUGGGGCGGCUUAACGCAUGACUUUCUUGAAGAAAGUUUCACAUUUUGUUCAAAGUGUUAUACCUUUAUUUGGGGCCGGAGGUUGCCUCCUGCCAAAAAAGAACCAUUCGUACACUGGAAGAUGUUUGUGUUAUUUAUGUGAUUGCUUUGCAUUGCUAGUGCCAUAUGUCGUCAAUAUGGCUGACUGACAAUCAGACAUCCGUCAAUCAGUGGCCAGUUUUCACAGUUGUUGCUGUGCUCUGUCGAAUGUAUCGUCAUCCCCGUCACGUUCACUGUUAACGUCUAUAAAUCUGAUUGCAAACAGCGGACAUCUCCUACAGAGGUUGUUUUAGUUGGUGUCCUCAAUCAACAGGCAGUCCCUCCAGGAAUUUGCGAUGAUUGUGCCAAUUAAUUUGGCAUUUAGGCCAUUUUUGCCAAGAGAAUUCCCAAUCACAACACAAUUGUUGUCCUCCCCUUCCUCUUCCUGUCUCAGCACUCUGGGUAUUAUAGAAACAUUAAGCACUGGCAUCCUCACAUCUUAGUUUACAUGUAUUUAAAUAUGUAUUUAAACAGGGUAAUAUGACUAAGAACUAGAGAUGUCCGAUAUCGGCCAAUAAAUGUAAUAUCGGAAA